UUUUUUUUUUUUUUUUGAUAACUCUGGUAUCUGGGCAGCCAUAUUCCCAACUAUCCCCCGUAGAGGGUCCAGCGCCCCAACGGAAGGGAUGUUAAAUCCGCUGUGGCCGGGGCUCGAAGUCGUGAUGGCGGGCACCUCAGCCGAGGUUCCUUUACCACCAAACUUUGUAAUUGUUAAAUUGUAAUAGGAUAUGUUUGAGAACAGAGAAGCCGAGAGAAUAGUAGGACCAUUGUCAAUAGCAGUUCCUGGAGAAAUAGCCGGACUUUAUAAAGCAUGGGAGACACACGGUCGUGUCCCAUGGAAACUACUUGUCGAACCAUCUAUCAAGCUGGCGCGAGACGGUUUCCAGGUUGGUUCGCAUCUCGACUUCGCCUUGUCCAAGAACGAGGCUAUGAUCAAGAAUGACAAUGGUCUGAAGAGUGUUUUUACUAAAGAGGGAGAAUUGUUGAAGAAAGGGGAUAUAUGUUACAACACAAAACUAGCUGAUACCUUAGAAUCACUUGCUGAGAAAGGGAUGAAGGCGUUUUACGAAGAGGAUGUGGCGGAGAAGCUUGUGAACGAUGUGAGGGAGGCUGGAGGGAUCAUAACAAUGGAUGAUUUGGAGAGUUAUGAAGUUUAGGUGAGUGAUGCGAUGGUUGUUGAUGAUGUUAUGUGGUAUAAAAUACGUGGCAUGUGGCCUCCGGCUUGUGGAACUACUGGUUUUGCAAUGGUGAGGAGGAUGAUGACUUCUUUUUCGAUAUUGGUUAUAUAUAACUAUGUGAAAGUGUUAAUAGCUUUCAUGUUUUGAUGUUGAAAUAAGCAGAUAAUGAAUGUACUAGAGAGGUACAUGAAAGUCAAGGUUACUGAUGAGAAUCUUGGUUUGCAUCGACUUAUAGAAGUCAUGAAACAUAUGCUUGCAGCUAGAAUGGAUCUUGGAGAUCCUGCGUUUGUUGAUGGCAUUGCUAAUGUUGUGGACAAUUUGCUCUCAAAGUCUUAUGCCGAAACAAUACAGAACAAAAUAUCGGACAACACGACGUUCCCACCAGAAAAUUACCUCAAUACGUAAGUGGUUGAUGUAACCAAAGUUGGCUUUAUGAGAAUCUUUUUAUAGAUUUAUGUAUUGUUUGUUGUGAUAGAUAUAAUCAGCUUGAGGACCAAGGGACGACUCACUUUUGUGUGGUGGAUAAAGAUAGAAAUGCGGUGUCGAUGACAACAACUGUGAACUAUGCGUUCGGGUCAGGGUUUAUGUCGCCUUCAACAGGUAUUAUACUUAACGGCCAGAUGGAGGAUUUUGCUGUACCAACCCUGGUCUCUUCUUAUAGCCUCCCUCCAGCACCCACGAACUACAUUUCCCCAAAGAAGAGGGCUUUGUCUUCUAUGAUGCCAUUGAUAAUUACAAAGGUAACUUCAUGAACAAAAAAAAAUCAAGAAAAUCCAUUCCUUUGUUUUGUCUCAAUCAAUACAAAACCAAGACAAGGGACAGCCAAAUCAAAGGAUUCUUGGUAGGGGUGGGCGUUCGGGUAUCCGUUCGGGUUCGGGUCGGGUAUUUCGGUAUAAAGGUA